AUUGUAACUGCAAAAGGGAUCUCGCAGUUCCAAGUCUACAUUUUUUGAGCAGGGUCUCAACAAUCUCUCAUUGGAAGAAAAGGCAAAUAUGAAAGAGCCCACAAUUAUUCUCAAACCACCACCGCCCCCACCAGCUCCACUUUCACCUGUUAGCACUGCUCAGAAAGCACCAGCAAACUUUCCAUCUAAUUUCAGUCUUCAGGGGACUACUGAUGAUUCUGACCCACAUGGUAUGAAAGAAUGUCAAUCCAAAGAACCUUCUUCACAAGAAGACAAGAACUCUCAAGAUACCGUAGAAGAUCACUUUGGAGAUUUUCACACAGCGGAUCAACAUUGUUUUAUGAAUCUCAAAUUUUCUUUGCUUGAAUGCUUGAAAUGGUUGCAUGCUUCCAUUGGGAAGUAUGUCUUGGUUUUGGUCAAUGCACCGAUUUUAUACCCGUUAGUUUGGUUGAGAGGUUCAACACUUUCGGAGAUUGAUGAUCUCGAUUUACUUAGAAAAUAGAAUUUGUAUAAAAUUAUUAUAAU